GUGCUUGGUUUGCUCUUCUUUGAUGGAGUUGGGCUUUGCCAAGUCUAAGUACCCCAGUUCAGAAAUUUUAGGUUUUCACCUGGUUGCUCUGAUCAUUGGGAGAGGUGGGUCUGAGUUUUUCUGCAGGAUUGCGGAAGGCUUUCUACGUGGGUUGCGGUUGUGGGAAUUGAAAAGAGGAGUGUAGGCGCCGGUGGUCUGUAGAAGGGGUUUAGGGGUUUGGAAGAGGAAACCAUCAUGGAUGAGAGCUUGUAUGAUGAGUUUGGUAACUAUAUUGGACCUGAGCUAGAUUCGGACGAGGAAGGCUCUGAGCAGGAGGAGGAGGAGGAUGAGCAGAGAGGAUUAGAGAAUGGACAUGAUGAUGGAUUUUUGGAGAACGGGGUUGACGAUGACAGGGACGAUGCCAUGGAUACUGAGGGGGCAGUGGUGCUGGCGGAGGACAAAAAGUAUUACCCCACUGCCAUGGAAGUGUAUGGCGAGGGCGUGGAGACGUUGGUCAUGGACGAGGAUGCGCAGCCUCUCGAAGAGCCCAUCAUUAAACCUAUUAAUCUUAAGAAGUUUGAGGUGGUGGCGAGGGAGGUGCAGUCUUAUGUUGCUACGGAAUUUUUAUUAGGUCUGAUGCAUAAUCCCACGUUAAUAAGAAACGUGGCUUUGAUAGGGCACCUACAUCACGGGAAAACCCUGAUGAUGGACAUGCUGUUUCAACAAACGCACGCUGUGAACACUUUAGACCCUAACAGCGAAAAGCAUCUGCGGUACACGGACACUAGGAUCGAUGAGCAAGAGCGUCAAAUAUCAAUUAAGACCGUUCCGAUGUCUCUCGUGUUGGAAGACAGUGCGGGAAAAUCUUACUUGUGCAAUAUAAUGGACACGCCAGGCCAUGUGAACUUCUCAGACGAAAUGACUGCAGCUCUUCGUCUCGCAGAUGGAGCAGUUCUUGUUGUUGACGCAGUUGAAGGUGUCAUGGUCAAUACGGAGAGAUCGAUCAAACAUGCUAUGCAAGAGAGCCUUCCUAUUGUGGUGGUUAUCAAUAAGGUUGAUAGGUUGAUUACAGAACUCAAGCUGCCUCCUACAGAUGCAUAUCACAAGAUUCGUCAUACCUUGGAGGAGAUCAAUAAUCUUGUAUCUCUGUAUUCAUCUGGAGUGGAUGGAGUGCCAUUGAUUGAUCCAGUGUACGGAAACGUCUGCUUUGCAAGUGCAACUGCCGGGUGGUCAUUCACGCUCUUAUCAUUUGCUAAGCUUUAUGUCAAGCUUCAUGGAAUUCCAUUUGAUGCUGCAAAAUUUGCUACAAAGCUUUGGGGUGACACUUAUUAUCAUCCGGAUACUCGUACAUUCAAGAAGAAGCCGCCUUCUGGUGGAGGAGAGCGUGCGUUUGUGCAGUUUAUUUUGGAACCACUAUAUAAGAUUUACAGUCAGGUGAUCGGUGAACAUCGGCGAAGCGUGGAAAACACUUUAGCAGAGCUAGGAGUCACUCUAAGCAACGCUGCGUACAAGCUCAAUGUGAAACCUCUGCUUAAGCUAGCAUGCAGUGCAGUUUUUGGAUCAGGGACCGGUUUCACAGACAUGCUGGUUAAACACAUCCCGUCUGCCAAAGAUGCUGCUGUUACCAAAGUGGAGCACACUUAUACUGGCCCUCAGGAUACUGAACUGGCUCAAUCGAUGCGAGACUGCAACGCAACUGGACCUCUGAUGGUUAAUGUGAGCAAGCUUUACCCAAAACCCGAUUGUAGUGUUUUUGAUUCUUUUGGAAGAGUCAUAAGUGGUACUAUUCGUACUGGGCAAUCUGUACGAGUUCUUGGGGAGGGCUAUUCACCUGAUGAUGAAGAAGACAUGGCCGUCAAGGAAGUAACGAAGCUUUGGGUUUAUCAAGCUCGCUACCGUAUUCCAGUCACGGAGGCCCCAGCGGGAUCCUGGGUGCUCAUCGAAGGAGUGGAUGCUUCGAUUAUCAAGACAGCAACCCUUUGCAAUGAGUACUAUGACGAAGAUGUAUACACAUUCCGUCCGUUACAGUUUAAUACUCUCUCAGUGGUGAAGACUGCGACUGAGCCUCUAAAUCCUAGUGAGUUACCUAAAAUGGUGGAAGGUCUUCGGAAGAUCAGCAAGAGUUAUCCACUUGCGAUCACGAAAGUUGAAGAGUCGGGUGAGCAUACAAUAUUGGGCACUGGCGAAAUAUUUUUGGACUCUAUUAUGAAGGACUUACGUGAGCUCUACUCAGAAGUAGAAGUUAAAGUGGCCGAUCCAGUCGUUUCCUUUUGUGAGACUGUAGUGGAGACAUCCUCCUUGAAAUGCUUUGCUGAGACGCCAAACAAGAAAAACAAAUUGACUAUGAUAGCAGAGCCUCUAGAGAAGGGGUUAGCGGAGGACAUCGAAAGUGGAGUCGUAUCUUUAGACUGGCCUCGGAAGCGGUUGGGUGAUUUUUUCCAGACCAAAUAUGACUGGGAUCUUUUAGCAGCACGGUCUAUUUGGGCCUUUGGUCCAGAUAAACAAGGUCCAAAUAUUUUGCUGGAUGAUACACUACCUAGUGAAGUGGAUAAAGGCCUUUUAAAUUCUGUGAAAGACAGCAUCGUUCAAGGGUUUCAGUGGGGAGCACGAGAAGGACCCUUGUGUGAUGAACCUAUUCGCAACGUGAAAUUCAAAAUUCUGGAUGCCACUAUUGCCCAAGAACCGCUACAUCGUGGUGGCGGGCAGAUUAUUCCAACCUCUCGACGUGUCGCAUACUCGGCUUUUCUCAUGGCAGCUCCCCGGUUAAUGGAACCAGUCUACUUUGUAGAGAUACAAACACCUGCAGAUUGCAUGUCUGCAAUCUACACGGUCCUGUCUAGGAGAAGAGGGCAUGUCACUGCAGAUAUACCAAAACCUGGUACUCCAGCAUAUAUCGUUAAGGCAUUUUUGCCAGUAAUUGAGUCAUUUGGUUUUGAAACUGAUCUGCGCUACCACACACAAGGGCAAGCUUUUUGUGUUUCGGUCUUUGACCAUUGGUCGAUUGUACCGGGUGACCCGCUAGACAAGUCAGUUUUGCUGCGCCCACUAGAGCCCGCCCCGGUUCAACACUUGGCCCGUGAAUUUAUGGUUAAAACCAGGCGUAGGAAGGGUAUGAGUGAAGAUGUGAGUAUCAACAAGUUCUUCGAUGAUCCCAUGCUUUUGGAGCUCGCACGACAAGAUGCUGAUUUGCAACAGAUUCUUUAGGUUUUCUGCAUAUAGUUUUAGUCCUAAUAGAAGAGAAGCUCCGAGAGUCGCGUUUGGCCACAUGGGUAGCCAAAUGUCUUUUAUAAGAAUGUACCGGUACCUGUUUCCAACUGAAGUGGGGAAAUUUUGUUUAACUUGACACUGGGAAUGUAAAAAACUCAAAAUCGGGUUGCAGUGCUA